CUAUGAUUGAACACAGAGUUUAUUUUUUUUUUGCGAUAAUCCAAAAGCCUGUGGGAAAAUCCUAUUGGCUUUUUGUCGAGGGAACCAGUGCGACGCUUACAGCCGAUCCGCCUACAAAGUGACGUCACAGCUCCCCCACUCUAAACGAUCUGCUCCCCAACUCCAUUCUCUAUUUUUGUGCUUCCUUGUGCUGCCAAGCCCCUGACGUAAUGCUCCGUGUUAAUUAUUAGCAUGUGGGAAGCGAUGCCGAGACUCUCCUCUGCUGCUUAAACAAGAGCGACUGACUGCGAGGAGAAAGACCUCGUUAAGAUGGCCAAACACACUGACCCAGAGUGAAGGGGCACCGCUCCCCGUCCCGUCCAGUCCUGCGACCAGCACCAAUGCAACUGCGCCUUUAGAAAGGAGAUGUUCUCUGUGGAAAAUGCCAUCAAGACUAAAGCUGGACAGUCACUGUAUGCUGGAGGAGAGCUGAGGAAAGUUUUGUAAGCCCCAGGUGGUCAGAGGGUUGGAGAGCUUCAAACAGGGAUUCCCUACCGCCAAGCCUAACUCUAAAAUCCAAGAACAAAGAUGCAAUACAUUGGUACCCACUAGCAAAUAACAUCUCAAAGGGCUGUUUUCUGUCAAACCUCAAGUAAAGGUGAAAGCAAGUGUGUUGCGAGUCUCUUUUGAGCUGCGAAGCAUCCUCACUGGCCCGUGGCCAUCGCUCUCUCUCCCUCUCAACGAACCUAAGUCUUGGUACCGUGAGCCUGCCCAUCAGAUCAUGAUGUUUCGUGACCAGGUGGGAGUCCUCGCCGGCUGGUUUAAGGGAUGGAACGAGUGCGAACAGACGGUGGCGUUACUGUCGCUCCUCAAACGGGUCAGUCGGACCCAAGCACGCUUCCUUCAGCUCUGUCUGGAGCAUUCCUUGGCUGACUGCACCGAGCUGCAUGUUCUGGAAAGGGAGGCCAAUAAUCCAGUGGUGAUCAGUCAGUGGCAGAGUGAGCCGAAAGAACGGGUCAUCUCUCUAGUUCUGACCCACCUGCCUCUCCUCAAACCGGGCAACGUUGAGGCCAAGGUGGAGUACAUGAGUCUCCUGCCGAAGAUCUUGUGCCACACCAUCGAACAUGGCCGGCACUUAGAGGAAAGCAGGCAGCUUUUGUCCUACGCCCUCAUCCACCCUGCAACCUCCCUCGAGGACCGGGGGAACCUCGCCCUCUGGCUCAACCACCUGGAGGAGCGGGCGGCUGCCCGAGGAGCCGGAGAUUCCCUUGAGCGUGCGCCUUCAUCUCACCAUGGGCAGCCUCCGCACCUCUACCCCCACCACCAGCGAUACGGGUCCGACGACCGUCUCAACGGCUGGCAGGGCUCGAGGGACUCUGGGCUGGGAAGUUGGCAGCAACAGCAACAGGGCUGCGAAAACGGGCACCUCUCACUGUACCCAUCAUCCUCCAUGCCCUCCACUAUCAACGCUGUAGGUACAGGCAGUGGGACCAACACAAUUCUGUCAGGUGGACAGCACAGUCCUCUGCGGCGCUCGGUGUCUCUGACCCCUCCGAUGAGCGGUGGAUCUAACCAGCCUCUGGGGCACGGAUGGCUCUCCCAGGAGGACCUGCGUCCCCGCGGACCGGCCCCCGAUCACGCCCCAAUCUCUCCUCAGAGCAGCGUGGCGUCCUCAGGCAGUGGAGGCAGCGAGCACCUGGAGGAACACGCUGCUAUCCGAAGUACAUUCCAUGAGGAGGGCAGCGGGAUGAGAGAUGUGCCGGCAUGGCUGAAGAGUCUGCGUCUCCAUAAGUAUGCUGGACUCUUCUCCACCAUGACCUAUGAUGAGAUGAUGUCACUGACGGAGCAGCAGCUGGAAGCUCAGCAAGUCACCAAAGGGGCACGACACAAGAUCAUCAUCAGUAUUCAGAAGCUGAAAGACAGACAAAACAUGCUACGCUGUUUGGAGAAGGACAUUUUGGAGGGAGGGAAUCUACGUGCUCCUUUGCAGGAGCUCCACCAGAUCAUCCAGACGCCCAUUAAAGCCUGCAGCACAGAGGAGUCUUCACAGCGCCACCUGCUGAGUGCUGAGGGGAAGAGCAGCAUCGCCGCUUCCCACCUGGGUGGAGGGGAGACUGAGGGCAGCUCCACGUUCAUAGCCGAGGGAGACAUCCCCGCUCAGUUCACUCGCGUCAUGGGCAAAGUUUGCACACAGCUCCUCGUCUCAGGGUCGGAUGAGGAGAACAUUAGUUCCUACUUACAGCUUAUUGAUAAGUGCCUAAUCCAGGAGGCCUUCACAGAGACGCAGAAGAAGAGGUUGUUGUCUUGGAAGCAGCAGGUGCAGGUGCAGUUCCGGUCAAUUUCACGGAGAACUCUCCUGGACCUAACAGGACAGAGAAGAAGAUUCUGUCGAGGUUCCCAUGAUGAGGCUAUGAUGCUAAAAAUCAGCCGUUACGGUCAGUCCAACUCUCUCCCAACCACGGGAUGUGUAGGCAGCGGCGUUCCCACCCGGAGGACCUUGCGCCAGUAUCAGAUGCGGAGUUUGCCUGGUGUCAGACCCAUCCUUUUGGGUACCACCGGCCUGUUUGGACCAACCCCCCGAAGCGGCAGCAGCACCCCUACCGGCCUGAAGCAGGGAAGACAGGUCUGUCAUUUCACAAACGUGCCCUAGUGCCCUCACAGUUGCUUUGAACAACACCCAACCCGAAGCAUAAAUGACUCUA